AUGAUGCUGCCAGCCUUCAUCCUGCUGCUCAUUGUCCUUGGUGUCAUUCCCUCAGGUUUCGCUCAUGAUCUUACAGCUGCUGCAGGAUUCAGUUCAAUUGCUGAAAAUGAAGACGCCCUCCUCAGACGCUUAUUCCAAGGUUAUCAGAAAUGGGUUCGUCCUGUAUUAAAUUCUAAUGACACCAUAAAAGUAUAUUUUGGAUUGAAAAUAUCUCAGCUCGUGGAUGUGGAUGAAAAGAAUCAACUGAUGACAACAAAUGUGUGGCUCAAACAGGAGUGGACAGACCACAAGUUACGUUGGAACCCUGAUGAAUAUGGUGGAAUUCGUUCAAUUAAAGUUCCAUCAGAAUCUCUCUGGCUUCCUGACAUAGUUCUCUUUGAAAAUGCAGAUGGACGUUUCGAAGGCUCCCUCAUGACCAAAGUCAUAGUGAGAUCUAAUGGCACCGUCAUUUGGACCCCUCCAGCCAGUUACAAAAGUUCAUGCACCAUGGACGUCACGUUUUUUCCAUUCGACCGGCAGAACUGCUCCAUGAAGUUUGGAUCCUGGACUUACGAUGGUACCAUGGUUGAUCUCGUUUUGAUAAAUGAAAAUGUUGACAGAAAAGACUUCUUCGAUAAUGGAGAAUGGGAAAUACUCAAUGCCAAAGGGAUGAAGGGCAACAGGAGAGAUGGCACCUACUCCUAUCCGUUCAUCACUUACUCUUUUGUUCUGCGCCGCCUACCCCUGUUCUACACCCUCUUCCUGAUAAUCCCCUGCCUGGGGCUGUCUUUUCUGACAGUGCUCGUGUUCUAUUUGCCUUCUGAUGAAGGAGAAAAGCUUUCGCUAUCAACCUCUGUUCUGGUUUCCCUGACAGUUUUUCUUCUAGUAAUUGAGGAGAUAAUCCCAUCUUCCUCAAAAGUCAUUCCUCUCAUUGGGGAGUACCUGCUGUUCAUAAUGAUUUUCGUUACCCUGUCGAUUAUUGUUACUGUUUUCGUGAUUAAUGUUCACCACAGAUCUUCUUCGACUUACCAUCCCAUGGCCCCCUGGGUUAAGAGACUCUUUCUACAAAAACUUCCUAAAUUGCUUUGUAUGAAGGACCACAUGGAUCGCUACUCUUUCCCAGACAAAGAUGAGAGCCAACCAGUGGUGAAAGGUAAAGUUCUAGAAAAAAGGAAACAAAGACAGAUUAGUGAUGGAGAAAAAGUUCUUGUUGCUUUCUUGGAAAAGGCUGCUAAUUCCAUUAGAUACAUUUCAAGGCAUGUGAAGAAAGAGCAUUUUAUCAACCAGGUGAGUACGCUGGUAUUCAUUACACUGCUGCCAUUGAAAUGUGCAAGAACCAAUAUUCUCACAUCUAUUUACAAUAAAAUACUGUCAUUUUUAAAAUGUGACAUUAUUAGCUAUCUGCAUUUCACGUGUAAAAUGUAA